UGUGCACCAGUUGAAUUGUGUCAGUGUGGCCAACAGGUACACAACAGCCUCCUCCACGUCUCUGCUGGAUAAUGCCAGGAGAGCGCUGCGUGUCGCUUUGCGCAGGGCUUCCUCAUCUGCACUUUGGAUAUUUGCACGUUUUUCUAUCCUGAUCACUUCCAGUCACAAAAAUGCCUUUUCCUCCUAUCAGCCUCCACCAGCGGAUCUCCUCUCCUGGCAGGGAGUUAUUCGGGAAAAAGAAAGCCAACGCAGUGCCUCCUCAGACUGAGCUCACCAGCAAAACCGGCGCAGAAAAGGGGGAGUCGGAGAAAGAAAAGCAGCCUUCAUCUUGGGCAUCGGCGAAUUUAAGGAAUUUGGGCCGAAAACCUCAACAGGAGAAGAGUAAAACACCGGCUCAGAAACAGGGAUCCGCUCAGGAGACCCAGGGAAAGUGCUCCUGGUUGGCGGUACCCAAACCUCAGGACGCAUCCGAAGGAGUCAGGCGCUCCAGCUCCAUGGACUCCAGCAGACACAUCGGUAAAGAAGAGGGCAAGAAGGAGAUCCAGUUCACCCUCAGUCUCACCCCUGAAGCCAUUCUCGUCAUCCAAAAACGCAAUUUAGAAAAACAGAUGAUGGCCAAACAGCAGAAGUGUUGCGCAUCCACGGACUUUCGGCACAGGCGAGUUUUUCCAUCCAAAAAGGCGCACGGAGGAACCAAAGGCAGCGGCCCCGUGGGUAAAGUGGAGAGCGCAGAGCAGGACAUCACUGCCAUCGUUAAAAUUUCCUUAUUGAAUGACCAGUACAAGUACGAUGACGUCGAGUAUGAGGAGGAGGAUGGAGAUGUGGAUGAGACUGUGGUGAGGAAAUGUAAAGAGUGGCUCAAAGGGGUCGAAAAUGCCGCUGCUUUGGGGAAAGUCGAGAAACUUUCUGCACUCCCGCACCUUAAAGGAUGCUGAUAUCGGACUUUGGGUCUUCACUUUUUUUUUUUUUUUUUUUUUUUUUUAUACACAGCAGAGUGAAUCAACCGUGGACUGACUGAUUGGCAUUUUUAUUUGUGUUUAAUUAUUUCUGUAAAGCAAUCUAAGAGAAUCCAAGUCUUCAGAAAAGUUGUAUUGGAAGUACUUAAAAAAGAAAGUAUCAUUUGAGACAUAUAAAGAAUAAUGACAAUAAGCCAUGAAAAUGUUGAUUUAAUAGAUGUAGAUGAGGAUCGACCAACAGUGCUUCUUGAGGUUCACAGGGAUGUUGCUUUGCCUAUUCUAUGUUAUGCUGAAGUCUGAAUUGAAUACCUUAAUAUUCUCGUCCUUUGCACAUGGUUUUUGUUUUCAAUGGGGCGCCUGUGGAUUGGCAGAGGGGUUUGCGUAAAAGGACCCGGUGCGGAGUCGCAAACCCUUCCUUUGUGUUGGAGAACAAUAAGCUGUCAACAACACAGCUUUAUGCGCCUGCAUCUGAAACCAAACGGACUGUUUAGAUAUCCUCUAAUAAGAGGGUUAUAUCCUUUGUAGGGAUUUAUCUGUGUUGUACAGUAAUAUUUACAAAUUAUUUGUACUGUCAAACAAUUUCUCAGCUGAUAAUUUUAUGCCUUUUGAAGUAAAUUGUUUUUUUAAAAUUAAUUAUGUAAGUGUCACUGACCCCUUUAAAUCUUUCACAAGCUGAUUUGUCUGCGGUGCCUCUUAAAUAAUACUGUUACAUGGUGCUGAUUUUACAUCAUUCAGAUUUUUUUUCUGGCCAGUUCUCAGAUGUAUUUUAAAGGCUCUUUGUUGCCACUGUAGCUACCUGGGGCCAUUUGGGCAUUAGUGUACUAAGCUUCUUAGAUUUCCUGUUAAGCAGGGUUGACCAGUGUACUGAAGGGCCCAGGUGCAUGAUCCCUUCAGGAAAUUACCUCCAGCCUGCUUUAUGUUUGCAAUAUCCAACAAAACACUGCUUGUAGACAGAAGUGAUGAACUCAGUUUACCAAAAAAAAAAAAAAAAAAAAAAAUGACAAAGGUAUUCUCUGUGUAUGAGCAAAGGUGACCUACCAACUGAGAAAUGAGAAACCAGGUUUUUAUUAUAUAAGCAGCAAUUAACUUAAUGUAAUGCUCACAGAGUAAGAGCUUUUCAGGGACUUAGUGAGAACUUGGAAACAAGCCAGCGCUGACACUGUUUCAGAAAAAAACA